AUGCCCAUCACGAGGAGCAAGAAGACCUUUGAAGCUAGAGAGAACACCUUUGAAGCUAGAGAGAACACCUUUGAAGUCAGAGAGAAGACCUUUGAAGAUAGAGAGAAGUCCGCGCCCGCCUCCGCCGCGCCAAUGGUACUCAUCGAGAGAGACACGGCCGCGCUCCCGCGCACCACGACGUCAGCCAUGCACAUCGAUGAACAGCCUGCCAGCACGUCGGCAGCGUCCGCGAACACGGUUGUCCCGCAACGACGACUCGUCACGUCCACGGAAGGGGGGCAGGUGCAAGUCCCGCCUGUCAGAGCAAGUACCCGCUCCGUGCGAUCGAUGCGCUCCACAGCAAGUACGACGGCGCGCAUCAGACAAGCCGAGCUCGACGCGGAGAUACAAUUAGCUGAAAUGAAACAGCAGGAACUUCGUCUAGAAGCCAUUAAGGUUAAGGCGAAACUUGAACGGAGCGUCGCAAUGAUAAGGGAAGAAAGCGAAAGAGGAAGCCAAAUCGAUGAACAGGAAAUCGCCGCUGAAACGCACACGGAGGAACAGCAACGCGUCCACGACUGGUUGAUUGAAAUGGAAUACAGCCAGCCGCGGGGGGAGGGACGACGCCCGCCUCAGCACAGUAUGGAGCCUGUUCUAUGCGCGAGAAACGCGCACGCGAGCGAGCGAGAAGGAAGAUGGAAUCGAGAGGCACGAGGGAAAGAGACGGAACUACGCCCGCCUAGCCCUAUUCCUAAUCAACGUACGAGCUUUCAUGCGACGAAUAAAGAAGAGGACACGGUCGAUAGAAUAGCACAAGCGCUAGAAAAGAUCGUGAAUAAACGUCCGGUGCCCCGCCAAGCCCACGAGCUGCCUACGUUCAGCGGCGCCGCGACGGAAUGGCUACCCUUCAAGGCGGCCAUGCGGGAUUCUACGACGAUGUACAAGUAUUCCGACUACGAGAACCUCGCACGGCUACGGAACUGUCUACGAGGGAAAGCACAGGAGACAGUCGCCGCGCUGCUAUACUCGGCGACUAGCCCCGACGAGAUUAUGCGAACACUGGAGCAAUGUUUUGGAAGACCAGAGAUGUUGAUCGAACGAGCGAUGGAAGAUAUAAAGAAGUUACCUAAGUCCGGUACGUCCGCGGGCGAAUUGAACACCCUCGCGGUCAAGUUGAAGAACAUCGUAUGCGUAUUAGGUGGCGUCGAUGAAAGAGGAUAUCUCCGAAACCCCAUGCUCACACGAGAGGUCAUCGAGAAGCUAAGCCCACAUCUCAAGUCUAGGUGGUAUGACUUCGCCUACGAACACGGAGACCCAUCGGAAGCCGAGAUAGCAACGCUGUCAAGAUUUUUGGAACGUGAGGCCGACCGUGCGAUGCGAUUUUCAUACGCCACAUCGCCCCAGUCGCUAAAGGAGACUUUCAACAAUCAAGAAAAGAAGUCGUUUUCACGUGAAAGGCCACGUAAAGACGUGAAAGUCUACGCAACCACUGAAACACCCACCGCACCGACCGUCGAGAGAGAAAAGGAAGCCGUCACAAAACGAUGUCUAUGCUGCGGCGGCAACCACGACGUACCCGAUUGUAAGAAAUACAAGAGGAUGACGGUCAACGAACGAUGGCAGUGGGUGAAAGAAGAGAAAAUAUGCUUCAAGUGCAUCAACGGAAAGCACAGGAGAUUCACAUGUAAAGCAAAGAGGUGCGGAAUAGAAAACUGUCUCUUACCUCACCACAGUACGUUGCAUAUGGACACGUCGCCCGCCGCAGCUACUCAACCGAAGUCACCGCCAGUAAACGAGGAAAAUGUCUUGUCCGCGUCAGCCACUACAAGCGGCCCGGUCAAGGUGUUAUUGAAGGUGUGCCCGGUGGAGAUACGCGUACCGGGAGGACCGUCAUUGAAGAGGUACGCGCUACUAGACGAAGGCGCUACCAUCACGCUCAUGGACGAAGGCCUAGCGAACGACCUCGGCGCCAGAGGACAUGUGAGCCCGCUACACAUACACGGGGCCACAGCGAGUCAAAAGGAGACGCAGAGUCGUGUCGUCAAGAUUGAAGUACGAGGCCAACAUGAAGAGCAGUUUCACGACAUCACCGCUCACACGGUGAAACAACUUACGAUCGGAAGCCAGACGGUGAAAAGGAAGUUCAUCGAAUACGAACACUUGAAGCACCUACCACUCGACGACAUGAGUUACGAAUCGGCGCGCCCGAGCCUACUGAUCGGCGCCGACAACUGGCAUCUGAUUAUCUCGAAGGAAAUCCUCAUCGGCAAACGCUACGAGCCCAUCGCAUCACGCACCGAGCUGGGAUGGACGAUACAUGGCACGGUGCCGCGGAGCUUGUACCGAGGGGAGGAUCAGCUAGUUCUCCACGUACACGCCAAGACGGAAAAAGACGUGAGGAACUUCGCUAAUGAAGAUGAGGAAUUAAACGCGCUCAUCAAAACACACUACGACGUCGACGCCCUAGGAAUUGCCUUGAUAACGAAGCCGAGGAAGGCCGAAGAGAGAGCGAUCGACAUCUUCAAUAAAACCAUCGAACGAGUCAACGGAAGAUAUCAAGUGGGCCUGCCAUGGAGAGACGAGCAAGUAGUCAUGCCGCCCAGCUAUGAAAUGGCUUUCAGGAGACUGCGGACUAUCGAGAGGAAGAUGGAUCAGUCCCCCGAAUUCCAGGCAGCCUACACAAGCCAGAUAGAGAACCUACUCACGAAGGGAUACGCCGCAGUAGCUAACGGAGACGAGAGAGACAACGACAAGUCAUGGUACCUACCUCACUUCGCCGUGACGAACCCUAACAAGCCAGGGAAGGUACGCCUAGUCUUCGACGCAGCCGCCAAGUCGAGAGGAGAGAGCCUGAACGAUCACCUCCUAGAUGGACCCGACUUACUGCGAGCCUUACCGGGAAUUCUCUAUCGCUUCCGGGAGAAAGAGGUCGCCGUCACCGCCGACAUACGUGAGAUGUUUUUACAAGUAAAGAUUCGCCCUGAAGAUCGACCGGCUCAAAUGUUCCUGUGGAGAGGUAACGAACGAAAGAAGCCACCCACGGAAUACGUCAUGUCAUCGAUGAUAUUCGGCGCUCGGAGCUCACCAUUCCUAGCGCACAGUGUGCGCAACCACAACGCACGCGCGCACGCUGAGACACACCCCGUGGCCCUCCGAGCGAUAACAGAGAGCCACUACAUGGACGACUUCGUGGAGAGCUACGCGACCAAGGAGGAAGCAAGACGAGCAGUACACGAAGUAACCUACGUACACGAGCAAGCCGGGUUCAUACUAGCCGGCUGGAACUCGAGUAAUGAAGACGUAAUACGAGACAUACCCCCGGACCGCCGCGCGCAGCUACCUAAGGAAAUGGGAACCGCUGGUCAUCAAGGCAAGACUCUAGGUCUAAUAUGGGAGGCCACUAAAGAUGAACUAAUGUUCAACACCGCGCUGCCUAGGGUACCGGAGGAGGUCAAGACGUCAGCACGCCCGCCGACUAAGCGCGAAGCCCUCAGCGCUGUCAUGUCGAUCUUCGACCCACUUGGACUGCUAAGCCAUCUCACCAUAACGGCUAAAAUCCUACUGCAAGACUUAUGGAGACAACAGAGGAUAGGAUGGGAUGACCAAGUGCCGGAAGAAGCCGCCGAGGACUUCACUAAAUGGAUACGAGCGGUCGACAGCGUGCGAGAAGUUAAACUGCCCCGUUGCUAUGCGCCAACGAGGGGAGUACUGGAACGUCAGCUACACGUCAUCAUCACGCUCGCCGGCGCAAAGGCUAAGGUAGCACCGGUGAAGGCACAGAGCAUACCGCGACUGGAACUGCAAGCCAGCCUCAUAGGCGCACGACUCGCCCACAGUAUACAAGAAGAACAUAGACAGAAGGCUGACAGGAUCGUGCUCUGGUCAGACUCGAAGACCGCUCUCCACUGGAUUCGCAACGACAUCAUCAAGUACACGCCGUACGUAGCUCACCGCGUAGGCGAGAUCGCUAAUCUCACGCACGUCGAACAAUGGAGAUGGAUACCGAGCGAGUUAAAUGUAGCCGACGACGCCACACGACCUAACUACGAGGUGCGAGCCGACCAAAGAUGGUUCAUUGGCCCGGCGUUCCUCCGGGAAGAAGAAGAAAGGUGGCCAUCGGAACGCACCGAAGAGGAAAAUGAGAACGGACAAGACGAGAUAGUCUGCGCCACGGACAACAGCGAGGGGCCGGCCUACCUACCUGACAUAAGUCGGUUCUCCUCUUACGAGAGACUCGUCCGUGCGACAGCCUACGUCUUACUAGCCGUCGAUAAAAUGAAGAAACGAACGCGAACACUGAAACUCGCCCAUAUCACAAAGGCAGAAGAGCUAUGGUAUAAGAAAAUGCAAGAGGACUCGUACUCCGACGAAAUAGAACGACUGAAAAAGGACUUGAAGCUACGCCCGAACAGCGCGCUGCGUAAGCUCGACCCACGGAUAGACGACAGAGGCUUACUUACACUACACGGUCGCGUGGGCGUGGCGAGAAUAAGCGAGCAGUCAAAAAGCCCGCUAAUAAUGGACGGCCGCCACGCUUUCACCCGGCUACUCGUCGCGCACGCACACAAGGCGGCGAACCACGCCAACCGAGAGCAAGUUGUCAACGACCUGAAACAGAAGUUCUAUAUCACACGUAUACGACCUACAGUACGAGCCGUGGAGCAUUCAUGUCAACUCUGCAAAGUGAAGAAAGCCAGACCGAGACCGCAAGUUCACGGAGACCUGCCCUAUGAAAGACUCGCAGCGCACGCGAGGCCAUUUAGCUACACGGGCCUCGACUUUUUCGGCCCUAUGUACGUGACGGUCGGGCGACAUAAGGAAAAGCGCUGGGGCGCCCUGUUUACGUGUCUCACUACGCGAGCGGUCCAUAUAGAGAUCUCACCGUCGCUAUCUACGGAUUCUGCUAUUAUGUGCCUACGGCGGAUGGCGGCGCGGCGGGGGUGGCCAGUAACAAUCUACAGCGAUAAUGGGACGAACUUUCAUGGCGCGGACGAAGAGCUGCGAGCAGCGCAUCGAGAGUGGGGUCCACAACUCAAGGACUUCGCUCUACUACAACGAACGAACUGGAAAUACAUCGCACCCGGGGCACCGAAUCAAGGUGGAGCAUGGGAGCGGCUAAUACGCUCGGUUAAGACAGCGUUAGUCGCCACACUACACGAGCGCUACCCCAGGGACGAAGUACUCGCCACAUUACUCACGGAGGCAGAGUACACUGUCAACGCACGCCCUCUCACUCACGUGCCUGUUGAGCCAGGAGACAUGGAGGCGCUAACACCGAAUCACUUCCUACUGGGGACCUCCGGCGGCCUACCGACUACCGGGCCGUGCAGGGAGGUAGACAGGAGGACCUGGAGAGCCACGCAGGCGCUGGCUGACGUGUUUUGGCGUCGAUGGCUAACGGAGUACCUACCUACACUCAUACCACGUGGAGGCACACGGAGCGGGCGCGGAGCGGACCUGAAAGUUGGUGACGUCGUGAUUAUCACUGAUCCAGUACUGCCGAGGAACAUCUGGCCACGAGGUGAAGUAAUCCGACUGCAUCAAGGACCCGACGGACUGACCAGAGUCGCUGACGUACGAACAAGAGGAGGGAUAUUCCGCCGACCUCUACGACGUCUCGCCGUCCUCCCGGUGAAAGAAGGCUGCGAAGAUCUACGCCGAGGGGAGGAUGUUACGGACAGCCGAGAGGAGGAGGUCGCGGGCUAA